GGGCAAUGUUGUAGUAAAGCUGCCUGCAGCAGGACGUGAAGUGAGCUGCUGCUGCUCGUCUCUCUCUCUGCUUCCUGUCUGUCUGACGCCUUGUUCUGGUUUUCUACUAGAACAAAAACACUCAACAUGGUCCAGAGAAACUAGAGAUAUACGAGGCUCCCACCGUGAUGCUUGAUUGGGCCAAGGAGUGAAGCACAUUCCUGAAGGAGUUGAGGGGCUGCCGUUUUUUAAGCUUAUGAGAAACCAGCCCGCUCGCACCGUGCCCGCCAAGAUGGCCGCCAGCUUUUCUUGCCCUCACUGGAACGGCUUGGGACAAGGAUGUGUGUUGCCAUGGUGAUCAUUUUCAAGAAAACACUGGAAAAGAAGGGCGCCGACGAUGUAACAUCCAAAAGUACAGAUUUGGGCCCGUUCCAGGCACAGACCAUGAGCCAGGGGACUGCCCUUUUCUCCUGUGGACUCAUGGAGACCAGACGGUGGCGUGAGUUGGGUCACAGCUGUGCCAUACAGCAGAGGCCAGUCGGGACCAGCCUGGAGAGCCUGUGGGACGUCCUGCCUGAGGUGCACAAGAGCUCUGCCCACUGGGACUGGGACGUCGGCUCCACUUCGACCACAAUCACCAGCUUGUUGCACGACCUCAGCUUGACUGAGGCCGCGACCUCGCACUCCACCGCGCCCCCAAGCAAGCGGCAGUGCCGGUCCCUCUCUUGCUCAGACGAGCUCGGUGGCUGCCGCUCCACCUGGCGCCCUCAGGGCUCUCGCGUGUGGACGACGGUGGAGAAGAGGAGGUGCCACAGCGGAGGCAGCGUCCAGCGCGGCGGCGUCGGGAACGCACAGCUCGGCUUCCCGGCCAUGCAGCGCAGCUCCAGCUUCAGCCUGCCCGCACGCUCCAACACCCUGGAGCUGCCCUGCUUCACCCAGAAUCUCCCCUCCGCCUUCACCGGUCUGACGCCCUCCUCCUCCAUGAUCCUGUCCUCCGAGCCCUCGGCGCAGCCCCUCUACCUCUCACAUGAACAAAUCUGCCUCCCUGAGCCUCGUGGACCCUCGCCACCCAGCUCCCCCGACUCCACGCCAGAGCUGGAGCGCCGCGGCGGACAGGGGGGUCUCGCCCGUAGUCGCUCGCAGCCCUGCGUCCUCAACGACAAGAAGAUCGGCGUGAAGCGCAGGAGACCAGCUGACACACAGAAACAGAGGCCUUCUUUGGACCUGGCUAAGAUGACCCAGAAACUUCGGAAUUUCCACAGCCUCAGCUGCCCGGGAAUCACAGGCGAAGACGUCUGCGAGUCGAGCCAGGCCCUCCCCACUCUCAGGAGCACCGCUGACGACUCGUCGGCGAACGAACGCGGCUCGGAGGACGGUCGGACCAAAGAGGGCGAGAUCACCAGGAACGUGCCGUCGGACCCCACCAUCGAGGAGGUGGACUGGAUGCCGGGGACGACCAAUGGGAAGGACAGUGAGCCUCUGUGGGCGGGGCUGUGUAGCAUGAGGAAGGACGUGUAUCAGCUCGGAGGCGAGCUCGACAUUGAGCAAAUCGAGAGGAACUGAGCUGGACUGUCUUCCUCUCUGGGGACGCUUACGUAGGGGGACUGAAUGUUUAUCACCAGGCGGUGCAGUAAACAGUACUGAUAGUCUUAAGGACAAAAGCAAGUGGAAAUGCAGUGAGCGUUCCAGCACUUGUUUUUUUUUUUUUUUCUUUCUAAAGGAGAGAUUGAGCAGGAGCUUUGUGGGCUUCGCGUAGUCAGAAGCUGCUCCCACACUGUGCGCUAUCUCAACUGUGUCUCAGGAGAACAAGGAAGUCGGGGAGGACGGAUUCGGGUGGAGAUGAUAGAACUGAUAAAUAUAAAAAUGAUAUAUUAACGUUGGCUCAGAGACUGGGGUCUUUAACAUUUCUCUGUAACUGAUUACCUUCAUUGUACUACGUUUUGGAGAGAAUUCACAGCAGGUUUGUAUAAAUUCUCUGCACUAGUAAAGAGUGUCCGUUCCUCUGACGUUCUUCAACAGUACAUGAGCACAUGAUGGACAGAAAUGAAGACUACUUCGAGAGCUACUGUUAGUAAAGCCCCUUUCACUCUUACUGAGCAACAAGCUGCACGCACACACACAACCUGUAAAGUUAUAUUGAAGAGCUUAACAUUUCACACAGUAACAUCAGGCUUCUCUCUUGAGAUCUACCCCCCUCGUUUGUGUGAGAGGAACUUUGUGAUGCUAAUAGCGUUAAUAUUCUUUCUUUUUACGAUUUGUAACUACAAAGUUAUGUAAAACAUGAGCAUAUUUCUAUACAAAUAAAACACAGUUUUAAAUGUG